GUGUAAGUCUACAAGGUACUCGAUAACGGAUCCAGACUCCCAUCUCCCCAUCUCCCCUUUUCCAUUCUACGAGUAUCUUCCUACUAAUAUCAUAUCACUUAUCGCUUCUCCACUUUUGCCCUCCCUCUUCUCUCUCUCUUCCCGUUGGAAAACCCCGAACAGAUUCCAACAUGUUGAGCCCCAAAGAGGAGGAUCUCGAGAGGCUGGCCGAGACGUGCCUCGCCGCGGCCCGGCAGAUCAAGGAGUACCUCGCGGCCAACAACCACGCGCAACCCAGCUUCGACGAGAACGGGCCGUCGUCGUUCCCCGCCGCGACGCCCGAGUUCCACCAGACCAGACUCGAGCUGCGCACCGCCGCCCGGCGCCUGUACGAUCUGGCCUCGGGGCCGGACGACGUUGUGACGUGGCAUCUCUAUCACUGCAACCACGACCUCAACGCCUUCCGCUACGUGUACCGAUACAACGUGGCCGCCGGGGUGCCUCUGGACAGCACCGGCACCGGCAGCGGCAUCAGCUACGCGGACUUGGCGGCGCAGCUCGGGUUGGAUGCGUCGCAGCUGAAGCAGAUGCUGCGGCAGCUGAUGGCGCAGCACGUGUUCCGCGAGCCGCAGCCGGGGCGGGUGGCGCACACGGCGUCGUCGCGGCUGCUGGCGACGCACGCCGGGAUCGCGACCUUCACGGGGUUCCUGACCGAGGACACGCUGCCGCUGGUGGCGCGGCAGGUCGAUGCGCUGGAGCGCUGGGGCCACGGGCGGCCAGAGCCCACGCGCACGGCGCUCAGCCUCUACUACGACACCGACCUGCCGUGCCACGCCUACUACGAGACCGACCCGCCCGUGCGCGACCGGUUCGGCCGGCUGAUGACGCACCUGACGGCGAACCCGCUGAUGGCCAACGGGCACGUCGCGCGCGGGUUCGACUGGGCCCGCCUGCCGGGCGACAGCGUCGUGGUCGACGUGGCGGGCAACGCGGGCCACUGCGCGGUGCCCAUCGCCGAGGCCACGGCGCCGAGCGUGCGCCUGGUCGUGCAGGACCUGCCGCAGGUGGUGGCGGCGGCGCGCGACCCGGCGACGAGCGUGGUGCCGGCGCAUCUGCGCGACCGCUUCGAGUUCAUGGCCCACGACUACUUCGCGCCGCAGCCCGUGCGCGGCGCCGCCGUCUACUUCCUGCGCAUGGUCGUCCACAACCACAGCGACGCCCUCGCCGUCCGGCUCCUGCGCCAGAUCGUCCCCGCCAUGACCCCCCGCUCGCGCAUCGUCGUCAUGGACCAGGUCAUGCCCCCCGCCGCGGGCCUGCUGCCCGAGCCGCUCGAGCGCGUCAAGCGCUCCCAGGACUUGCAGAUGAUGUUGCUGCUGAACGCCAAGGAGCGCGACGAGGCCGAGUGGGCCGACCUGCUGGAGAAGGCCGGCGACGGCCUGGUGCAAGACGUCUUCGCCGCCGCGGGACAGCCCGACGCGGGCAAAGGGAAGAAGUUGGGCAUCGUCGCCAUCCGGACGCCGCCGGGCAGCAUGAUGAGUGUGAUCGAGGUCGGGUUCGUGGAUGGCGCCCACGAUGUCAACGGCGAUGCUGGCGAGUCUGGCGAGGCUGCAGACCUCCCGGAUAGUACUGGCACCGGCCACAGUUGA